AGCGUGUUUAUAGAAGCUCACAGCAGCUCUCGAGAGCGUCUCCUCAGCUCGAGAACGGUGCGCGUGACGUGUCGCGGAGUGUAUUCAACCUGCCGAUUUCUCACGCUACUGCCAGAGACUGGAAGAAAAAGAAGAGAUUGUUUACAUUGUUUUACCAGGUUUUAUCACAUAAGACGGACACUGUUUGAAAACUAUUGGAUUUAAGGAUUACAAACAGAUCUGAGGCUGCUGCUGGAGGUUCUUAUCAAACUAUUGGGGAUGAAUCGCUGUACAGUCGCUUUACUCUUGCUGGUCAUCGUCGUUUAUUCACUGAACACAGAGGCCUAUAAGUGCAGAUGCACGAGAAAAGGCCCGAAGAUUCGAUAUAAAGAUGUGCAGAAGCUGGAGAUCAAGCCUAAACAUCCAUACUGCCAAGAAAAGAUGAUAUUUGUCACCAUGGAGAAUGUGUCCCGUUUCAAAGGUCAGGAGUAUUGCCUGCAUCCCAGACUCCAGAGCACUAAAAACCUUGUCAAGUGGUUCAAAAUCUGGAAGGACAAGCACAGGGUGUAUGAGGCCUAAAUGUUGUACGUUAUGCACAAGGCUGAAAACAAUGUGGGAUGCGCAACACUACUAGUGUACUGUGGAUGACCAGAGGACCAAUAUUUUUAGAGCAUGACAAGGCAUUUACCCAUACAAGCUUGUAAUAAAGCACAUCAGUCCAUUUUCUUAUUUAUAUUAAAGUGGAAUAAUUUAUAGUCCUACAAAAUGUUUAUUAUACAGUGUAAUCAUAAGCCAAAUGUGUCAGUUAUGGCAGCGAAUAUUCCCUGUGGAUCAGUGCCAUCUGUAAGACGUGAUCAUUACAUUUUUGUGUAAUGUUUUCUAAAGUAUCAGUUCUUGGUCUGAUAAAUUGUGUUGUCGCAUAUAAAAGGGGUCAUUUGGAACUUAGGGUUCUCACAGCACACACACAAAAAAAAUGUAGUUGAUGUGUAAAUAAUAUCUCCAGAGAAAUGUGUGCUAUCAUUCCAACAUUCAACUGGUAAAAGGAGGCAACGUGUUUUUCUUCACAGUCAUUUUGGUUUUCAAAAGGUGUUCACAUAGGCUUUUGACCAUGCCCAAAUGUGUCAGAGGAUUUUUUUUUUUACUUGUCCAGUUAUUACCCUGGAUUUUGGUAAUGCAAUAUGGUGAAGUGAACAAGUGCAGCAUAAAAUAAAAUAAACCAUUAAAAUGCAUACCUUUACUUAAUUUACACAUAUACUUUACUCCGCUGUGGAAAUGUACUGGCAAACUACAAGCACAUGAACUUUGGAGCUUACAGUGGAUCAUGUUUAACAAGAGGUUUUUUAUUUAAUACUCACCCUUCUAUAAGCACAUUAUGAACUACAUGUGUCUCCUCUAUGAGUUGUGGAGUUUCUUAAGCUAUUAUUUUAAUUUGUUUGGUAUGACUAUUUUUAUUUUUUAAAUGGAAUGUUUCUUGUCGCUUCUUGUACAUCAAAUUGUAUGUAUAAGCACAGAAAAUAGGUUCUUGUGUAAAGACCACCUUGCCUAGUCUAGCUUGUUCAGAAUUUAUUAGUGGAGCCUAUGUAUUGUAUCACAGAAUUGUUGGUUUACUAUUUAAGUAAUAAAUCAUAGAAAUGUUUGGGUCUUUGGACUGACCCACCAAACACAACUUUUUAAAGGAGUGUAAUCUUAAAGCACAGCAAUAAACAUUUAAGUAAAUCAAAGGGUGUCUGU